AUGGAUCUUCCGGAUACUACUGAGGAAGACCGCAAAGACGAAAGCUUGAGGGCUGCUCUUGAAGGCGCUGCAGCUACAGCAAGAGCAAAGAUUGAGCAAGUUGUCCCCUCUCAAAUGGAACAUGCUCAGCCUACCAAUAUGCCUGGAUCUCAGGCCUUUGGUCUCCAAGUCGCUGGGCCAGCACAACUUCAACCAAAUCUUUCGAAUCGGAUGGCACAUGUCUAUGGCAACGCUGUUGGUUUCAAUCUUCCAGGAACAGCACACGGCCAAGGACUUAGCCCUAACCAGGUCGGAUAUUUUCAAAACGGCAACACCAACUAUCAGGUCAAUAAUGGCCUCGCAACUCCACCACAGUUCCCGCAGCAUGUCUCACCUGCUGAAUUUUCUGGAAGUGUCUUACCUCCUACUUUCAAUGGAGCUACAUACCACUUUGCGGCACGACCUACCCAGAAUGUCCCCGCUUAUCCUGGACACCUUCAGAAUUUCAACCAGCCUGCCAAUCUUCAGGCUAAUGGAGCUGCAAACCAGUUUCCAGCACCACUUCAGCACAAUGCUCCAGGUCCCGCUGGAUAUUUUUCAGUGCAAUUCGGUGGCCCAUAUUUUCACUUCAAACAACCUCUCGUAUAUCUCAUAGGUAGUAUCAGCACGCGUACCAACAGCGCAUAUCUCGCAAUGACACGCUGGUCAGAUUGUGACAGGGCUCGUAAACGCGAAUUUCCGCAUCACAUCACACAUGCUAUCUGCGUGUCAAGAUACCCAAUGACCUCUAAGGAGAUUGGAAGUAGUAACAUCCUUCCCUUGUGGGUGAAAAUUGACCAGGAUGAACCUGACUGGGAGAAGUGGAAGCGCCAACUUAACGAUAUUGUCAAUUUUGCACAGGGAGCCAUUGAGCAGAACGGCACCUUGUUGAUCUAUGAUCGACGGUGCAAGGUGGAAGCUCCUGCUGUCACCAUGGCACUUUUGAUGAUAUUUUACAGGGUGCGGCUGGAGGUCGCAAAGCGUUUCGUGGAAGUGCAAAACCCUGAAAUCAAGCUGACUGACGCACUUUGGCAACACCUGUUGGAUUGGGACCACCAACAGCCUUUCGGACCAGUUAUCCCAGGACAGUUCCAGAAUGACCAAGCUAAGUUUCUACAAGCACAACAGAAUGAGAGUAUCGUAGCACAAUGGGGUCAUGCUCCAGCUCCCAUAGUUCGAAAUCCCUGGUAUGCCGCGCUUCUACCAGGACAACCAAAUGCCAGUAUCCCACCACAAUGGGGACAUGCUCCAGUUCCCAUGGUUCAAAAUCCCUCGAAUGCUGCGCUUCUACCAGGACAACAGAACGCCAAUUUCCCACCACAAUUGGGACAUGCUCCAGUUCCCACGGUUCCGAUUCUCUCGAAUGCUGCCGAAAAUCUCAUAGCGUCUGCGGGACAAUCAGAAAGACCAUACAAAUCUCUGUACGCUAGACCGGUUCCUGCUCCUGCUCCUCUUGACCAGCAAGUAUCUGCGCCUCUCGAUGUUCCCGAAGAUGUGGGACAUCCCGAGCCUCAAGAGCCGGCCCAGGACGAAAAAACAUCUCCAGAACUUUCAAAUGGUUCAAUUUCCGGACUCGAAAUGGGUACUGAAUGGCAGAAUAACGAAGACUACGAAGAUUUCUCUACAUUGUCUUAGGAGAUCUUUGUAAUCCAC